AUGAAGUGAUACAUUAUUCACGGCUGUCCUCGGUUAUAUAUCGUCCGUACGAUACACGCGCGCGUUACUUUUCGUUCGCCGAUAGAAAUGAUAUCGCUCCUGUUUCUUCUGUCGAUCGUCAAUUAUGGCCACAGCUACAACGAUUUUCCGUCCUUGAUAACUGCGAACGCCACGAUGGCGUUGGUCGUCGACAGGAGUCUCUUCAGUAACAAAGAGGACCAUAAAAACACGGUGGAGUUCCUUCUUAAUCUGAUCAAGGACACCGUGAAAAGAGAGAUGGGUGUGGGUGAUAUCACAGUCCACGUUUUCCGCGAUACGAAUAUUAAUCUGCGACAAGAUUUCACGAUACUUCUGUCUAUCGCGACCUGUUACCUAACAUGGCGGCUGCACGAGGUUGCUCGAAAAGAGGAACUCAUACAUCUCGCGAUAACAGAUCCAGACUGUCCCAGACUCCCGGAAGUCGACGGUAUAAGCAUCCCUCUGAUCGUGCCUGGCGAGGAACUGUCCCAGAUCUUUCUCGACCUGAGAAUAACGAACGUCCUCUCCUGGAACGUGAUCAACAUCCUCCACGACGAUACCUUCGACAGGGACACGAUCAGCAGAGUGAUGAAGGCCAUAUCAAACAAGCUGCCCACCAAGAAGUCGAGCUUGAUCUCCAGGUCGAUAUUCACGCUGAAACACGAUGACACAGAGAGAGGGAGGAAAAAAUCGGUGAAGAAGGUGCUGAACGAUUUUCACGUGGAUCAGCUGGGCCACUGCUUUCUGGUGAUCGCCACUCUCGAUAUAGUCGCGGAUGUUAUGGAAGUGGCAAGGUCUCUGAAGAUGGUGCAUCCUGGCAGCCAAUGGUUGUACGUUAUUACAGACAGCGCGGAGCAGAACGCGACCAACAUGACGACCUUCAUUGAUUUGUUAGCGGAAGGAGGAAACGUGGCCUUCAUGUACAACGCGACCGAGUUCGGCGACUUCUGCGAAGUCAAGCUAACGUGUUACGCCGCGGAAUUGAUCGAAGCGCUGGUCAGAGCCUUGGAUUAUUCUCUGAUGAACGAGAUCGAACUUCUGAAGAGGAUCGGCGACGAGGAUUUCGAGAUCACCCGGCUAACGAAACGCGAGAGACGACACGAGAUGUUGAGGAAUAUCAAGAUCCACUUUUCUCAAAGUACUGUCGCUUCGAAGACUAGCUGCGGAAGAUGCUUGAUAUGGAGGUUCUCCUCGUCCAUAACUUGGGGAAACUUCUUCGUUCAUGAGAAAAACAUUGCUCAUUUGUUGGACGUGGGCUCCUGGACGCCAGAAUUCGGCGUUAAAUUGUCAGACGUCCUUUUCCCUCACAUUGAUCAUGGAUUUAGGGGGAUCACUAUACCUAUUACCACGUAUCACAACCCACAGUGGCAAAUAAUCUCCGUGAGCAACACAGGCGAGAAGAUUUACGGGGGAUUAAUCUUCGACGUGGUCAACUAUCUGAGCAAGAAGCUGAACUUCACGUACAAUGUUAUAGCUCCAGAACUGGACAAGAUCCCCAACUCCUGGAACGAUUCUCGAUUCUUCAAACUAGGAGAUAAGGCCAGGGAAAUGACAAUGUCGAGUACGAGGAAACUGCCCAGGGAAGUGGUCGACUUGGUACGCGAGAAGAAGGUUCUGUUGGCAGCCUGCGCUUACACCGUGAACGAAUAUGGGAAAGAGGCAAUGAAUUUUACGGUACCCAUUUUCGUGCAAACGUAUAGCUUUUUAACUUCCAGGCCCAGACAGCUGUCGAGGGCGCUUCUAUUCGCUUCGCCGUUCACCAAAGAGACGUGGGCCUGCCUGGCCGUCGCCAUUAUCAUAAUGGGUCCAAUCCUGUACAUGAUUCACAAGUACAGUCCCUAUAGCACGCAGACCUCGGGCCUGAACUCGUCCUGGCAGUGCGUGUGGUACGUCUACGGGGCGCUCCUUCAACAAGGAGGGAUGUAUUUACCGCAAUCAGACAGCGCGCGUAUGGUGAUCGGCGUCUGGUGGCUGAUCGUGAUGGUCCUCGUAGCCACGUAUUCCGGAAGUUUGGUCGCCUUCUUGACAUUCCCGAGGAUGGACACGUCGAUCCUGACGGUGGAGGACCUGAUCGCGCGAAAGGACAGGAUCACCUGGAGCUUUCCCAACGGCAGCUUUCUCGAGGUGUACCUGCGUAACUCAGACGAGGCGAAGUACCACGCGCUCUUGUCCCACGCGCAGAUGCACAACGACACGGAAGUGGAGGAACUGGUGGAACGCGUGAAGGAAGGAACACACGUACUGAUCGACUGGAGGAUCUCCCUCAGGUUUUUGAUGAAGAAACAUUUGCUGCUGACCGGAGGCUGCCACUUUUCCCUGAGCACCGACGAGUUCUUGGACGAGCCCAUCGCCAUGAUCAUGCCGCAAGGUAGCCCCUACUUGCCUGUAAUCGACGCGGAAUUGCAUCGAAUGCACGAGUCCGGAUUGAUGCACAAAUGGAUCGCCGAGAGGAUGCCGACGAAGGACAAGUGCUGGGAAGUGUUGGGCAGCAGUCAGGCGGUGAACAAGCGAGAAGUGAACGUGGCCGAUAUGCAAGGGAUAUUCUUUGUACUCUUCAUGGGCACCACGUUGGCCUUGUUCUUCCUAAUUUGCGAAUGCUACUGGCACAGACGAAAAUUAUCCAAGCAACGGAAACUGAUCCGCCCGUUCGUGCCGUAAAUUCAAUUUCUGGGACGCGUAUAAUCGUGCAAAUUGUUUUCACUGCUCUCACCAGCUUCCCGCUAUCCAAACAACGCGAGGUUUCUCCUCGAAUAAACGGAACCAGUACCUCAUUAUGCGGUCACUCGCAUUUCUUCGGUCCAUCUCGCGCCAAUUGCAUGCUCCCCCUACCUCUGUUUAA